AUGUGGAAACGUGAUUAUAUGUUUUUUGUGUCUACACUUUUUUGGAGUUAUGUUCUUUCAGAAGAAUGCAUCACACCUUUAGGCAGAUCAAGUAACUGCGUCUCCUUAUACGACUGUUCAGAUCUCCUAACCGCCUUCGAGCAGAGGCCACUACCAUCUAAUGUAGUCGGCUUUCUUAGACAGUCACAAUGUGGCUUUGUAGGCAAUAUACCUAGGGUCUGCUGUGGUCCAAUCCCCUCGCAGGUAGCAACUCCACGGCCAACGCAACCUGCCACAUCUAGACCAACGGUGCCGAGCGGUGGAAGCGAUGAAAACUUUCCCGAAGACUCCUCACCAGCUCCUCGAAACCAGUGUGGAGUAGACACAAAUGGAGAUAGAAUCUACGGAGGCCUAUUCACGGACCUAGACGAGUUCCCUUGGAUGGCCUUGAUGGGAUAUAGAACUCGUAAGGGUUCAGUGACAUAUCAAUGUGGAGGAGUGCUGAUCAACCGCCGAUACGUCUUGACUGCUGCUCAUUGUGUCACUGGAUCCGUGGAACAAGAAGUUGGAAUUCUAUCAACUGUCCGCCUGGGCGAGUACGACAUUCAAACAGAAGUGGAUUGCUUAGACAACACUUGCGCGGACCGGCCUCAAGAGAUCCCUGUGGCUGCUGCUUACCCUCACCCUGGGUUUAGAAACAAAGAUAAGAGCAGACUGAACGAUAUUGGCAUUGUGCGACUAGCGCAAAGAGCUACGUAUUCAUAUUAUGUGCAGCCCAUCUGCUUAGUUGACAGUAGAGAACGUUUGGGUGUCGGCAACGACGUGUUCGUCGCAGGAUGGGGAAAAACCCUCGAAGGUCGUAGCAGUCCAGUAAAACUAAAAUUAGGAUUACCUAUAUACAACAAAAAUGAGUGUGUCAGUAAAUAUAGUACACUUGGUGCCAACCUUGGUGACAAGCAACUAUGCGCUGGUGGAGUAUUUGCACAAGAUGCCUGUCGUGGGGAUUCAGGCGGUCCUUUGAUGAAGAGAAGACCUGAAGGUAUCUGGGAAACCGUCGGAGUCGUUUCCUUUGGUUACGGUUGCGGCAGAGAUGGUUGGCCAGGAGUGUACACCUCUGUAGCCGGAUAUAUCGACUGGAUUACGUCAACCCUCCAAUCUACGAAUCAGUGA